CGUCCGCCUCCAGCGGCGCGUUCCCAGCUCUCAGUCCAGAUCGCGUCGUCGCCUUUAAAGCGUCGUGUCUCCGUCGGUCCUCAUGUAGGCAGCGCCACUCUGCUUCUCUGUUCGCGUCUGCUGCUUCGGUUCGUGUGAUCGGGAUCGGAUGGAGAGAAUGUCCCGGCAGCCCGUCCCGUGUAACCCGGGCUUCCUGCCUCCGGGUUCGCACGGGGUCCUCAAGUCUCUGCUGGAGACUCCGCUGAAGCUGCCGCUGCAUCAUGAAGCUUUCACCAAGGAGCAGGAGAAGGAGAAGAGCUUGGAGGAGGAGCGCAGCGCCCCCCAGUCGGCCUUCCUGGGCCCCACGCUGUGGGACAAGACGCUGCCCUACGACGGGGACACCUUCCAGCUGGAGUACAUGGACCUGGAGGAGUUCCUGUCCGAGAACGGCAUCCCCUCCAGCCCCUCCCAGCACCACGGCCACGCUCCGGCCCGCCAGCCGCCCAUCAUGGCCCCGGCCCAGGCCCCGCCCACGCCGGCGCCGCUGGUGAUGGACCUCAGCAACCACGCCUCCACCUCCGUACACACCAGCGUCUGCCUGCACAGCAGCCCGGCCAGAGCAGGUCUCCUGAGCUCCAGAAACACUCCCAGCCCCAUUGAUCCAGACUCCAUCCAGGUUCCUGUUGGCUACGAGCCCGACCCAGCGGACCUGGCCCUGUCCAGCGUGCCGGGUCAGGAGAUGUUCGACCCCCGCAAGCGCAAGUUCUCAGCCGAGGAGCUGAAACCACAGCCGAUGAUCAAGAAAGCUCGCAAGGUCUUCAUCCCUGAGGACCUGAAGCAGGACGACAAAUACUGGGCCCGGCGCCGGAAGAACAACCUGGCCGCCAAGCGGUCACGUGACGCCCGGCGGCUCAAGGAGAACCAGAUCGCCAUCCGAGCUGGGUUCCUGGAGAAGGAGAACUCUGCUCUGAGACAGGAGGUGGCGGACCUGAGGAAAGAGCUGGGACGCACCAAGAACAUCCUGGUCAAAUACGAGGCGCAGCACGGGCCGCUGUGAGCCUCAGCUCAACAGCACCACGGUCCAAAGAGCUCCACCCUCAGCAGGGUCAGAACCGGUCCACAAGCUACAGCUGAUGUGACACACUUCAAGGCAUCUGGCAGCAUCUUAUAUUUCCCCUCUCCUGGCUGAUGCUUUGUGCCUGUAUCCAUGGCAACAGUCACCGUGCAGCUGCUUGGAGACAGGCUCCAGAAUGAAAGCUGAUACCUGCUGCGAGUCGAGCCAGCCACACACACACACACACACACACACACACACACACACACACACACGCAAACACACGCACUUCCCUGUGAGGACGUCUGGCUUGUGAACUCUGCUCUCAGACAAUCCCCUCUGUACACUGACCUUCGACCUCUGACCCCCCCUGUGUGGCACUUUACUCAUGGACUCAGUUUAAGUGGGCCAGAAUCAGGCCUGUUCACACCAGGCGAUGCUCUCACCAUUUUGAUACUGUGGCCAAAAGAUUUGUAGUGACUACAAAAUGUUAUUUUUCUAAAGUUAAGGUGUGCGAAAGCGUAAAUGCGCUAACGCAGUCCAACACAUAACGUAGAUGUUAUGAUUUGCAAAUGUUCUCUAACAACACGGGAGUUAAAUUAGAACAAAAGCAGUCACGUCCACAUCGGCCCAACACAAGUUUUUGUGGUUCUGACGUGGUUUUGUGUUUAACGCUCUGGGUCCAUGGACCCAAUGAUUAGUGUGUAUCACAUCUUCAGACUUUAAUGUUCAGAAGGUGGAGCAGUGUUUAGUCGCUAUGGAAACCAGCGUGGUUUCCUUCAGUGCAAUAGAAGCUUCUGUUCUUUGGCAUGAACUCUUUGAAUCGUCCAUUUCACUUCAAGAUGAUUAUUUGCGUAUCACAGCGAUGAGUGAAUGUACAAGAGAGUGAGUGGAACCAUGUGAGUACAUGUAAAGUACCACUUUACUACAGAAACCUGUUCUCUAUGAAGCAUAUAUUGAUAUAUUGAAGUUUAAUGUUUCUACAGAGCUAUUCUCAUGUUUUUGUACAGUCUGUUUCCUACAUAGACAUUUCCUGUGUAUUUUGGAAGCGGUUUCGUUAUUUUCUCAGUUUGUUGUGCGGUCGUUUCCCAGAGGCCGGCCGUGCAUGGGCAUUAAGACAUCUGCUGGCGUCCGCCGCUUCUCCCCCCGCGUAGCUUAAAUACCUCAGACCCUGCAGGGCAUUCAUCCUGCUCCUCCUCUAACGAACGCUACCGUUGUGCAGCCCAGGGGAAUGUUUUCAACCUGAAGCACUUACUGAGUUUCCUUCUGUUUGAUGUGAUUCUUCGUCUGUGUUCAAAGAUAUUUUCCUAUAUUUGUCCUUGAUUCUGUUUCUCAUUAUCAAAAUUAAAAUAGAGUAAAGUUCCCA